CAAUCACAUGAAACAAGUGUCGCGACGUAAAGUGACGCUAUCGCGCUACAGACUAACAACCCAAUCUACCGCAGAGUGGAUGGAGUCCAUUAGGUGAACUGACUGGUUCGAGUACGCACUGCGCGACUUAGUCUACGGAGGGUUCACUUUGAAUGGCGGUGGCUGAAAACCGACCCUUGUCUUUCUGCAGCGCUAAUCUUGUCCCACGGUGUCCCCAGAAUCCUUGGACGUCAGCGUUAGAGAGAGUGUUGGUUUUUUCCAGCGACUCACCGCCAACAGAAUCAAACUUCGCGCGGCGUACAGCAAGUAAGCUCACUUGCCCUAGACCCCCGGUCAUUCGUAUCACAAACAGCUCAGUGAAUGUGGAAAAGUUGAGUGGCAUAAUCAAUUAUCUUCAGCAGCCGCUUCACGAACAUCUAUUGUGUCCUACGCAUGCUGCGUGCAUCGAAGAAACCCUGCCGAAACUGCGGAAUUUGCUUCAACAACGCAUUAGGGACGCUAAAGUUGAAUCCCCUCGCUGCUCUUGUUGUUGUGGUACUGCUGAAGAUUUGGUCCGUUUUUGCACUGCUGUGGGACACCAGAUCAACAGGUGCACAAAUUGCCGAUGUAAACUAUCCAAAGUCGAGGACGAACCUCCAGAAAUGCGGACUACCGUCAGCCAAUGUAAGAGGCCAUUCCGAAGCCCGUUCAAACAACGCGCGGAACUGAAGACUUCUGUGGCUGCAGAUGGAACUGUCAAUGAGGACAGUCGUUUGUCAACUCCGGACGGUAGGGGGCUACAACCUGAAGCGCCUAAGCAUACCGACCGAUGUGUCGAUAAAUCAGACUAUUGCUGGCAGUGGCUACUGUAUUCUUCUGAGGUUGGUACCGGCACAACGCUUAAUGGAUUUCGCGAUGAUAUGAGUAGCGGAACUGUCCCCUCGUCGUCGAUGUCCGAUCUAUCAACCAACUCAGACAGGCGCUCCAAGUCGGCCCCACCAGAAGAUGCUUUGUCCCCUGGAGCGCAAUCUGACGUGGCUUCCGCUGAGGAUAUCGCAUGCAAUGACCGCAAACGGCGCUACAAGCAUUCCACUCGUUUCAACACACAUGGAACGCCAUCCCCGAUGGAUAAUUGUUUCCCUGAACCGCAAGAUCGCUGUACUGAGUUGUUCGGGAAAUAUGAACAAUAUCCAUGCUCAGUGAAAAGGAGGCCGGAACUGAGGAAUCCCGAUCGAGGGUAUUCGACAGACCGGAUUCCUGACCACCAGCUGGAAAGCCCACUACACACACAGACACCGUGGAUGGCAGUUCGAACGGAGAAUAAAUUUGACAGCGCGCUUUGGACAGCACUGAGCGCCAUCAGCUUGAGUGCGGGCACACAAGUGUCCAAGCAACAACAACAGAAACAACAACAACGGGAUUUGCGGACAAUUCAGUUUCUCAGCUCAGUUUCUCCAAAUAUGCAACUUCGUCCCCCACCGAAUCACAAUCCGUUUGCCAAGAAUGAGUCCAUUUAGUACAUAUUUGUGUCGGGCCUAUUUAUCAAAUCGCGCCCUACUCCAUUCUAGGAGAUCCGUGCAGAUCGGCACGUAGUCAGUCUCAAAGCAUCCACAUUCACACAGCGGAAGCGUGUGGCAAAGUAGUGGACGUCAAUUUUGAACAACACACGCAUCUAACCAAUGCGCCAGCAACAAUAAUCCGCGUGACGAAAGAAAAACAAGCCAUUGUCGGUGGCGCGAAUUCCGCCCACGUGAACUAGUUUAAUCUUCCCAAUCUUCCUUUCAAGUCGCUCACUUCUUAUUUUAUUGAUCCGGUUCCUGCUUGCAUUAUUCAGUUGGUUUAUUUGUGUAGUAUUUGAUUUCAUGAAACGAAAGCGGUGAUAAUGAG